AUGGUGACCAAGACGCAGGCACCGUUCGGCAGCUGGCCAUCCCCGAUCACGACCGACCUCUUCCUCUCGUCGGUCGUCGGCCUCGGCGACCUCAUCGUGUCGCCCUCGUCUACCGCCGUCGCCUGGACCGAGAGCAGGCCCGAGGAGAACGGGCGCGGCGCACUCGUCUUCCAGCAGCUCGGAGGCAAGCAGGAGCAGGUCCUCCCCGACGCAAAGUGGGACGCGCGCACGAGGGUCCAAGAGUACGGCGGUGCGCCCUGGGCGUUCGAGAGCGACAAGUCGAUCAUCUUCUCGUUGUUCGCCGGCCGGGCUUACCGUGUCGAGCGAGGCGACGACGGCACCUGGGGCGAGCCAACGCCUGUCACGCCUGAGAGCGACGUCCUCCGCUUCGCCGACUUUGCGCCGCACCCUUCUCAGCCCGGCGUAACGCUCGCCGUUGUCGAGGACCACACCAAGCCCGCACCUGUCGACGUCGUCACGACCCUCGGCGUCAUCUCGAGCUCGUCGGGCAAGGGCAAGGUCGACACGGUCGUGUCCGGCGCCGACUUUUACGCCUCGGCUCGCUGGUCGCCCUCGGGCAACUACCUGUGCUGGGUCCAGUGGAACCACCCCGACAUGCCUUGGGAGGGCAGCGAGCUCUGGGUCGCCCCUGUCGCGCUCGACUCGUCCGGCGCCGUCAACACGGCGCAGCUCGUCAAGCCUGGCUCGGCCGUCAAGGUCGCCGGUGCGGCCAAGAACGUCGAGAGCGUCAGCCAGCCGCGGUGGGCCCUGUCGAGCGAGGACGGCGCACCCGAGAAGCUCGUCUUCCUGAGCGACCGCACUGGCUACUACGAGCUCUACUCGUUCGAGCCCGAGGGCGACAAGGACGUCAAGCUCGUCCUCAACGAGCCGUCUGGCGCCGACGUCGGCAGCCCCGACUGGACUUUCGGCGAGCGCACCCACGGCCCGCUCUCGUCGUCGCACUGGGUCUCGAUCGCCAAGGACGGCGCCCUGCGCAUCAUCUCGCUCGCCGACGGCACCUCGCACGUCGUCUCGACACCCUACGUCUCGAUUUCGGCCCUGUGCGCCGUCUCGCCGUCCCAGGUCGCCGUCCUCGGCCGGCCGGCCACCAAGCCGGCGCUCAUCGCCAUCCUCACGCUCCCGUCGUCGUCAUCCUCGGCCAAGGACGGCGUCAAGGAGGAGAUCCUCAAGCUCUCGUCGUCAGCGUCGGUCGACCCGGCUUUCCUUUCCGAGGGCAGCGUCGUCUCGUAUCCGACGCCCGACGGCGCAAAGGCAUACGGCGUCUACUACCCGCCGGCGUCGGGCACUCACACCGGCGUCGACGGCAGCCUGCCGCCGCUCGUCACGAGCUGCCACGGCGGGCCGACCUCGGCGGCUCGGCGCGGGCUCGGGUGGGGCGUAGCCUGGUUCACCUCGCGGGGCUUUGCCUUUGUCGACGUCGACUACGGCGGGAGCACCGGGUACGGCAAGGAGUUCCGGGAGCGCCUCGCGGGCCAGUGGGGCGUCGUCGACGUCAAGGACACGAUCGCGUGCGUCGAGCACCUGAUCAAGGAGGGCAAGGUCGACAAGGACAAGGUCGCCAUCACGGGCGGCUCGGCCGGCGGCUUCACGGUCCUCGGCAGCUUGGCCAACAGCAAGGUGUUCACGGCGGGCACGUCGUACUUUGGCGUCGCCGACAUCAAGAUGCUCUGCGACGACACCCACAAGUUCGAGUCGCACUACCUGUUUCGGCUCGUCGGCGGCACGCCCGAGGAGAUUCCCGACGUCUACAAGGAGCGCUCGCCCCUGUACAAGGCGUCGCAGAUCACGGCGCCGCUCCUGCUCCUGCAGGGCACGGCCGACAAGAUUGUCCCGCCCGAGCAGGCCGAGGUCAUGCUCGAGCGCGUGCGCGCGAGCGGCGGCAAGGUUGAGCUCGUCCUGUUCGAGGGCGAGGGGCACGGCUUCAGGGGCAAGGCGGCGGUCAAGGGGGCGAUGGAGAAGGAGCUCGACUGGUACCGGACGACUUGGGGCAUCGAGGCGGCCGAGUAGCCGGUGCGCCUCGCUAUGAAAUCUACGCAUUGCUCUCCUCGC